UCUUUAUUCUUUCAGCUUCGACUGUCAAACAAAAGAAAAAGAAAAGAAAAAAGGGGAAAAAGAAUACCAAAACCUAAAUUUUCUGAUUUGAAGAAAGAAUUUAUCUGUGAAAUACUUCGUUUCUUCUGUGUAAAUUAUGAUUCUUUCAGUUGUUGUUUAUAGUAAUUAAUUAGAUCGCAGUUAGAUUCAGAAAAGCAGGGAUUUUGUUUAUAGAUAGAUAGAUGAAUCAAUGACAAGCAGAAAAGUUUGAAAUUUUAUUGAUUAGUAAAGUGAUUAUGAAUGAAUAGUUAGAUUAUCAUUACUAUUACUAAGCAACUUAAAGUAAUUAAUUAAAAGAAGAAGGAGAAAUGGAUGUGGAUUCGUCGAUGGGGUCAGAAAUCGAUCAAGAUCCAGUUCAGGAAAACAAUUCUACUAAUUCAGAUGCUGAUACAACUACAUCUAUUGAUAGAAAUGAUGAGGAAUCGACUACUUCUUCUCCAUCUACUCCUACUACUAGUGCUUCUUCUACUUCACUGGAACAGCAGCAGCAGCAACCUCAAGUAGUAGUGGCAGGACCAAGACCAGCUCCAACUUAUACUGUUGUUACUUCAUUAAUGGAUAAGAAAGAAGAUGGACCUGGACCUAGGUGUGGUCAUACAUUGACUUCUGUGGCGGCUGUUGGAGAAGAAGGUACGCCUGGUUAUAUCGGUCCUAGGCUUAUACUAUUUGGUGGUGCUACUGCUCUUGAAGGCAAUUCUGCUGCUUCUGGUCCUCCUUCUCCUGCUGGAAGUGCUGGAAUUCGACUUGCUGGUGCAACUGCAGAUGUGCAUUGUUAUGAUGUAUUGUCGAAUAAAUGGACCAAGGUUACUCCACUUGGAGAACAGCCCUCGCCAAGAGCAGCACAUGUAGCUACUGCCGUAGGUACCAUGGUAGUUAUUCAGGGUGGAAUUGGUCCUGCUGGUUUAUCCGCUGAGGACCUUCAUGUUCUUGAUCUUACACAGCAACGCCCUAGAUGGCACAGGGUAGUUGUCCAAGGGCCUGGUCCAGGGCCUCGGUAUGGACAUGUGAUGGCUCUAGUUGGGCAAAGAUUUCUGUUGGCAAUCGGAGGAAAUGAUGGAAAGAGGCCACUAGCUGAUGUUUGGGCUCUAGAUACAGCUGCAAAGCCUUAUGAAUGGCGGAAGUUGGAGCCUGAAGGUGAAGGUCCGCCUCCAUGCAUGUAUGCAACCGCAAGUGCACGUUCUGAUGGUCUUCUUCUGCUCUGUGGAGGGAGGGAUGCUAAUAGUGUGCCGUUGGCAAGUGCAUAUGGUCUUGCAAAACAUAGGGAUGGUCGUUGGGAGUGGGCAAUUGCUCCUGGUGUUUCACCUUCUCCUAGAUAUCAACAUGCAGCAGUUUUCGUGAAUGCCCGACUCCAUGUUUCUGGAGGUGCACUUGGUGGUGGUCGAAUGGUAGAAGAUUCUUCGAGCAUAGCAGUCUUAGAUACUGCAGCAGGCGUUUGGUGUGAUACGAAAUCUGUUGUCACAAGUCCAAGGACAGGCAGAUAUAGUGCUGAUGCAGCUGGUGGAGAUGCUGCUGUUGAGUUGACAAGGCGUUGUAGACAUGCUGCUUCUGCAAUAGGUGACCUGAUCUUCAUUUAUGGUGGACUACGUGGCGGGGUGUUGCUGGAUGAUCUUCUUGUUGCUGAAGAUCUGGCAGCUGCUGAAACAACUAGUGCAGCUUCACAUGCUGCAGCUGCUGCAGCAGCCAAUGUGCAAGCUGGAAGGUUAACCGGAAGGUAUUUUGUCGACGAAAAAUCAAGGCAAGCGAAUGCUGAAGGAUCUCCAGAUGGUUCUGUCGUGCUUGGAAGUCCUGUUGCUCCUCCUGUAAAUGGGGAUGUGUACACUGAUAUAAGUACGGAGAACGCCAUGCUGCAAGGGAACAGGAGAUUGAGCAAAGGUGUUGAAUAUUUGGUUGAGGCCUCAGCAGCAGAAGCUGAGGCUAUCAGUGCUGCAUUAGCUGCAGCAAAAGCUAGACAAGUUAAUGGGGAAGUUGAACAGCCAGACAGGGACCGUGGGGCUGAGGCUACCCCUAGUGGUAAACAGAUAUCUACGUUAAUUAAGGUGCCUGAAACUACAUUACCAAAUACCCCUCCUGGGGUUCGCUUGCAUCACAGAGCUGUUGUUGUAGCUGCAGAGACUGGAGGAGCUUUGGGUGGCAUGGUGAGACAGCUUUCAAUAGAUCAAUUUGAAAAUGAAGGCAGGCGGGUUAGUUAUGGUACUCCAGAGAGUGCAACUGCAGCAAGGAAGUUGCUAGAUAGGCAAAUGUCUGUCAAUAGUGUGCCAAAGAAGGUGAUAAACCAUCUUCUGAAACCUCGGGGUUGGAAGCCUCCUGUUCGCAGACAGUUUUUCCUGGAUUGCAAUGAAAUUGCUGAUCUCUGUGACAGCGCAGAACGGAUAUUUUCUGUUGAACCUAGUGUGCUUCAGAUUAAGGCUCCUGUCAAGAUUUUUGGUGAUUUGCAUGGGCAAUUUGGGGACCUUAUGCGUCUCUUUGAUGAAUAUGGGUCUCCUUCAACUGCAGGAGAUAUAGCUUACAUCGACUACCUCUUCUUAGGGGACUAUGUUGACCGAGGCCAACACAGCUUGGAAACUAUUAGUCUUUUGCUUGCGUUGAAGGUCGAGUAUCCACAAAAUGUACAUUUGAUUCGUGGAAACCAUGAGGCAGCAGAUAUUAAUGCCCUGUUUGGAUUCAGGAUCGAGUGCAUUGAGCGAAUGGGCGAAAGGGAUGGUAUUUGGGCUUGGCAUCGAAUAAAUAGGUUGUUUAAUUGGCUUCCUUUGGCAGCUCUAAUUGAAAAGAAAAUCAUUUGCAUGCAUGGUGGCAUUGGUCGCUCUAUAAAUCACGUGGAACAGAUUGAGAGCCUUCAACGUCCUAUUACGAUGGAAGCAGGCUCAGUUGUUCUUAUGGAUUUAUUAUGGUCUGACCCGACAGAAAAUGACAGUGUUGAAGGAUUGCGCCCAAACGCGAGAGGUCCUGGAUUAGUAACCUUCGGGCCUGAUCGUGUGAUGGAAUUCUGCAACAACAAUGACCUCCAAUUGAUCGUACGUGCUCAUGAGUGUGUGAUGGAUGGUUUUGAGCGCUUCGCCCAGGGGCAUCUGAUUACUCUUUUUUCAGCAACUAAUUACUGCGGUACUGCGAAUAAUGCUGGGGCAAUCUUAGUAUUGGGAAGAGAUCUUGUGGUAGUUCCAAAACUCAUUCAUCCUUUACCACCAGCAGCUACGUCACCAGAAACAUCCCCAGAUCGACAUAUAGAAGAUACGUGGAUGCAGGAACUUAAUGCUAACAGACCAGCGACACCAACUAGAGGUCGUCCUCAAGUUGCCAAUGAUAGAGGUUCUCUUGCUUGGAUUUAAGUUUCUUUUGAAAUGUUAGAUAUUCUUUUCAAGGCUUGGCAGCCCAAGUCUUGUGUGCUCGUCAGCUGGGGUUUCUGGUGGUUAUUCUGAAUGAGGUGUUGUAAGGAACUCAAGAGCAAGUUCCUUGAACGCUUGAUGAUACGCACAAAAACCUUGGUUUCAGCUAUUGAGGACUGACUGACUGCUUGGCUGGGUGGUCAGUAGAUGGGUGUAGCUGACCUGUGCCCCCCCCUGUUACAGAGCCGGCGGGGUCGAAGCCAUUGCAGUAGUGGAAAGUAAAAUUACGGACACCACGGCGGAUGUCCCAUGAAGGGCCGUCGCUUUGUAUAUUGAGCUAGAGUGUUAGUCUUGGGGUUUUCUUAUUUUUGUCAGCAUCUGAGUGAUUAGUAAGGUAUUCUUUCUUUUUUCUCUUUUCUUUUUAUGAGUUAGCAGUUUUAGGGAGGAGGGGCAUACAUAGGGGUAUCCAUUGGUGAUAAGGAUGUGGUGGGGAGAUAUGUAUAUAAAUACAUAUAGAUUGGUGUUGGCUGUUUGUCGGACGUGCAUGUAUCAUAAAGGUUUCUGCCUUGUGUACUUUACCUUUAGUCUGUCUUGUACAAUGUAAACUUUCGUGUGAAGAUAACUAUUUCCCAAUUUGAGGAACCAACAAAGAAAAAGUUCAGUAGGAAAAAAAAUUCCUUUGUGUUUUCA